AUGGGAACACAGGUUUUAGGUAAGGCUUCUCUUCCCUCCGCAGCGGGUGCAGCUGAUGCAGCUGGUGGGUAUUGUGCCCUUUGUGUGUGCAUCUGUGAUGCAUCUAUUCGAUCACUUCUGCUCCUACGUGGCAUUUCAGACCGCGUGGCAGUCCUGUGUGCUGCCACGUGGCUCUUCAACCCCUUCACAGUCACCAUCGCUACAAGAGGCAACUGUGACGCCCUGGCUGCUGCUCUCAUUCUCCAAGUGCUGCUGGGGCUGCUGCAGGGACAUAUCAAAUCUGCUGCUUUUUGGUUUGGUAUCGUGGUGCAUUUCCGAGUUUACCCGAUAAUUUACGCGCUGCCUUUCGUCCUGUACCUGUUCCACACCUAUCCGCUUCGAAGCAGCUCACAACAUGACGAUCCCAGUGACAGCAGCCCUGCUACAAAUAACAUUAGUACCAAAAUCGCCAGCUCAUCACCUAAUUCCUCCAUUCCUGCUACAGCUGCUGCUACAGCCAGCUCCAAGUCAGGACAAAAAGUAGCUGCCACUGCUGCUACAAACAGCUCACUGUCUCGUCUUGUCAAGGGUCUUCAAUUGCCAGUAGAGUUUGGCGUGGUCUCGGGUGGCACUUUCAUCCUCGUUACAGCGCUGUGCUGGAGACUGUACGGGGAUCAGUUUCUUAACGAGUCGCUGCUGUACCAUGCGUCCCGGUCGGACCAUCGCCACAACUUCUCAACUCACUUCUACGCGAUAUACCUGAUGACCAAUCAGGGAGCGCCAUCUAUCGCAAACCGGAUUCUCUCCUUCCUGCCACAGCUGCUGCUCCAGCUCACCUUCUCCAUCAAAUUCUACCAGGACCUUCCCUUCUGCCUCUUUGCACAGACAUUCGCUUUUGUGGCGUUCAAUAAGGACCUUCCCUUCUGCCUCUUUGCACAGACGUUCGCUUUUGUGGCCUUCAACAAGGUAGGAGUUGCGCAGUGA